UCCUGAUGGGUUCGAAUCCAGAUACAUGCUGGACCCGUCCUUCAGCCGCGCCGAGCGUCUAACCUGGGUAGCCAUAAUGAUAAUCAGCGUCGUCGCCUGCGCAGGCAACAUCACACAGCUGUUCCUCAAGUGGACUUCCACGCCAUUCGUCAACGUCAUCGACUCUCUGCCUUCGCCAGUUUGGGCGGUGCCGUUCCCUAACGUGGUGCUAUGCCCGCAUCUGCACGUCAAGCUGUCUUACAGAAAUGUACACCGGUUCAAUGAUUUGGAGAAAUUCUUCGCUUCGCUAGUCUGUCCUCAAAUGAGCAGAGAAAAUCGAGCACUUGACGAAAGGCUCACUCCUCAGCAAAACCUGUUGCUUCAGACAUUUAUUUUACAGGGUGCCCCAAAAUGCACAGAAGUGAUAAAGUCCUGCUACUGGCGCGCGUCCUCACAAACAUGGCUGACGGAAGAAUGCUGCACAAAACUGUUCAGCCCCGUCUUCACCAACUACGGGUUAUGCUUCGCUUUCAACAGCCUGCCACUGCAUGGCAUGACAAACGUCACAACCGCGUGGCAGCGCGCCUUCUCCCCCUCCGUCUCCCAAAAGUCCCUGGACUGGGGGCUGGACGCUGGCUACCCGAAGGUGUUUCCUCCCGACCCUGCCAUGGAACCCUUCAGGGUCAUGGCGUCCGGAGAAACGAACGGGUUAGGAGUGGAGCUGUACCUGAACGGCAGUGAGCACCAGGUGGCGUGUGAUGGCGCUAGUGUUGGGUUCAAUUUAAUCAUCAGCUCGCCAACCAACCACGUGUACACCAGUACCAUCAUCCGCCUUCCCAUGGACCGGAUGACCACCAUUGAGGUCUACCCCAUCACCUACCGAACAGACUCUUCACUCAAAGGCCUGCUGCCAGAAAGGAGACAGUGCUUCUUCCAAGAUGAGAGAAAAUUGGAGUAUUUCGAGUCUUAUACGGAUAGUAAUUGUAAACUGGAUCUACUGAUACGGGAAGCCAGGAAAUCGUGCAAUUGUGUUCAUUAUAACUGGCCCAAGAAGUCCCCGUCUGAGCCUAUUUGUUCCACUAAAUCGGAUUUCCUGUGCAUGAACGACGUUAAAGCUAAAGUGGAAGAGCAGCUAAUAUACGCAUAUUUCGCGGACAGCGAAGAACAACGCAAGCCAACGGGCCAGUCCAGCUCAUGCCACCCGGCUUGCAACGAUGUCAUAUACAACAGUCAAGUGUUCUACUCUGAUCUGAAGACGGGUCCCGCUGAGUCGCCCAAGUGGGGGUAUCCUGGACCGGGGGAAAUAACUCGGCUCAAUGUUCAUUUCUACGACGACAGUUUUCUUGGCCAACAUCGUCAUGCGCAGUACGAUGAUUACUAUUUCGUUGGAGCCAUCGGCGGUCUGCUGAGCCUGUUCCUCGGCUUCAGCAUCAUCAGCGUGGCCGAGCUGGUUUACUUCGUGCUGCUGCGCCCUCUGCACGCGGUGCUCGCCCAGAUCUGCCACCACAGGAGCUAACUUGAUAAGCUCUACUGGCUAUAACUAGGAUGGUGGGUAGCCUACCCACGAAAACGUCUUUGUAACUUUGUCACUUGCACUUAAAUAUAAACUU